GUGCAACUAACCUGCUCAGUACGGUUUUGUUAGCCGUAUUGUUUACUGCUUCUUGAAAGUUGACUCGUUAUUGACAAAUAAAAGUGACUAUCAACACAAACAAAUAUGUAUGAAUUAGAUGAGGAACAAUAUGAAGAUGAUGAGGCAGAAGAAAUCUCCACCGAACUCUGGCAGGAAGCCUGCUGGAUUGUUAUUAACGCUUAUUUUGAUGAGAAAGGUCUUGUACGACAGCAACUUGAUUCAUUUGAUGAAUUUAUACAGAUGUCUGUUCAAAGGAUUGUUGAGGAUUCACCUCAGAUUGACUUGCAAGCUGAAGCCCAGCACACCUCUGGAGAAGUUGAGACACCGCCCCGAUACCUGUUAAAGUUUGAACAAAUUUAUUUAUCGAAACCUACCCAUUGGGAGAAGGAUGGUUCUCCAUCGCCUAUGAUGCCUAAUGAAGCCAGAUUGAGAAAUCUUACCUAUUCGGCACCCUUAUAUGUUGACAUUACGAAGACAAUAAUCAGAGAUGGUGAAGAUCCAAUCGAAUCGCAGCAUCAAAAGUCAUUUAUUGGGAAAAUUCCAAUUAUGUUAAGGUCUACUUAUUGUUUGCUUAAUGGCCUAACUGAUCGUGAUCUUACUGAAUUGAACGAGUGCCCUUUAGACCCUGGUGGUUAUUUUAUCAUUAACGGAUCAGAGAAGGUAUUAAUUGCCCAAGAAAAAAUGGCUACAAACACAGUAUAUGUAUUUAGCAUGAAAGACGGUAAAUUUGCAUAUAAAGCAGAAAUUAGGUCAUGCCUCGAACACUCUUCUAGACCAACUUCUACUCUUUGGGUGAAUAUGAUGGCUAGAGGUGGUGCGAGUAUAAAGAAGUCUGCCAUUGGUCAACGUAUUAUUGCUGUUUUACCAUACAUUAAACAGGAGAUCCCUAUCAUGAUCGUGUUUCGAGCACUUGGUUUUGUGGCUGACAGAGAUAUCCUGGAACAUAUCAUUUAUGACUUUGAUGAUCCAGAAAUGAUGGAAAUGGUAAAGCCCUCAUUGGAUGAAGCCUUCGUAAUUCAGGAACAAAAUGUAGCACUCAAUUUCAUUGGUGCCAGAGGUGCUCGACCUGGUGUAACGAAAGAGAAGAGAAUCAAAUAUGCUAGAGAAAUCUUGCAGAAGGAAAUGUUACCCCAUGUUGGUGUAUCAGAUUUUUGUGAAACUAAAAAAGCAUAUUUUUUGGGUUAUAUGGUACACAGACUGCUUCUUGCUGCUCUUGGUAGAAGAGAAUUAGAUGACAGGGAUCAUUACGGUAACAAACGUCUCGAUUUAGCUGGACCUUUGUUGGCUUUCUUGUUUAGAGGGUUGUUUAAGAAUUUGAUGAAGGAAGUACGUAUGUACGCCCAGAAGUUCAUCGAUAGAGGAAAAGACUUUAACCUGGAGUUGGCUAUUAAGACAAAGAUUAUUACUGAUGGUCUUAGGUACUCCCUCGCUACAGGAAACUGGGGUGACCAGAAGAAAGCUCAUCAGGCUAGGGCCGGUGUAUCUCAGGUAUUGAACAGACUGACUUUUGCUUCUACGCUUUCUCACUUGAGGCGUGUGAACUCUCCCAUUGGAAGAGACGGUAAAUUGGCAAAACCGAGGCAGCUUCAUAACACACUUUGGGGUAUGAUUUGUCCUGCCGAGACUCCAGAGGGUGCUGCUGUAGGCUUGGUAAAAAAUCUGGCUCUAAUGGCCUAUAUAUCUGUAGGAUCACAGCCUUCGCCCAUUCUGGAGUUCUUGGAAGAGUGGUCUAUGGAAAAUCUUGAGGAAAUAGCGCCUUCUGCUAUUGCCGAUGCUACAAAAAUAUUUGUCAAUGGUUGUUGGGUUGGUAUUCAUCGUGAUCCUGAACAAUUGAUGGGAACUCUGAGGAAACUUCGACGUCAGAUGGACAUUAUUGUAUCUGAAGUAUCCAUCAUCCGAGAUAUCAGAGACAGAGAGAUCAGAAUUUACACAGAUGCCGGUAGGAUAUGUCGACCACUCCUUAUUGUUGAAAAUGGCCAGUUACUCUUAAAAAAGAGGCAUAUUGAAAAUCUAAAGGAACGUGAUUAUAAUAACUAUGGUUGGCAGGUUUUAGUUUCAAGUGGUGUAGUUGAGUACAUUGAUACCCUUGAAGAGGAGACUACAAUGAUUGCCAUUUCACCUGAAGAUUUGAGGCAAGAGAAAGAGUACGCCUAUUGUACAACAUACACUCAUUGUGAAAUCCACCCUGCUAUGAUUCUUGGAGUAUGUGCUUCCAUCAUUCCUUUUCCUGAUCACAACCAGAGUCCCAGAAACACUUAUCAAAGUGCUAUGGGUAAACAAGCUAUGGGCGUAUAUAUCACAAAUUACCACGUUCGGAUGGACACCCUAGCACACGUAUUGUACUAUCCUCACAAGCCUCUUGUCACAACAAGAUCUAUGGAAUAUCUACGUUUCAGAGAACUUCCUGCUGGUAUCAAUUCAAUCGUUGCCAUUGCCUGUUAUACUGGCUACAAUCAGGAGGACUCUGUCAUCUUAAAUGCUUCGGCUGUUGAAAGGGGAUUUUUCAGGUCUGUGUUUUUCCGUUCUUACAAAGAUGCUGAAUCUAAGAGAGUUGGAGAUCAAGAAGAACAGUUUGAAAAACCAAUGAGACAAACAUGUCAGGGUAUGAGGAAUGCUAUUUAUGACAAAUUAGAUGAUGAUGGCAUCAUUGCACCUGGACUCAGGGUGUCGGGAGAUGAUGUUGUUAUUGGGAAGACAAUAACCCUGCCUGAAAAUGAUGAUGAAUUGGAUGGAACUACGAAAAAAUUCACCAAAAGGGAUGCAUCUACCUUCCUCAGGAAUUCAGAAACUGGUAUCGUUGACCAAGUUAUGUUGACGUUAAAUGCUGAGGGAUACAAGUUUUGUAAGAUCAGAGUGAGGUCAGUGAGAAUUCCACAAAUUGGCGAUAAGUUUGCCUCAAGGCAUGGGCAAAAGGGAACGUGUGGAAUCCAAUAUAGGCAGGAGGACAUGCCGUUUACUUGCGAAGGUCUUUCACCCGAUAUCAUUAUCAACCCUCACGCUAUCCCAUCUCGUAUGACAAUUGGUCACUUGAUCGAAUGCCUUCAAGGGAAGGUUUCUGCUAAUAAAGGUGAGAUUGGUGAUGCGACACCAUUCAACGAUGCUGUGAAUGUACAGAAAAUUUCAACCCUUCUUCAGGAGUAUGGUUACCAGUUGAGAGGAAAUGAGGUUAUGUACAACGGGCACACAGGACGUAAAAUCAAUGCCCAAAUUUUCCUUGGACCAACAUAUUAUCAACGUCUAAAACACAUGGUGGAUGACAAAAUCCAUUCCAGAGCCAGGGGUCCUGUCCAGAUCCUGGUCAGGCAACCUAUGGAGGGUAGGGCUAGGGAUGGUGGUCUCCGUUUCGGUGAGAUGGAACGAGAUUGUCAAAUAUCUCAUGGUGCAGCGCAGUUCCUUAGAGAGAGGCUGUUCGAAGUCUCUGAUCCGUACCGGAUACAUGUCUGUAACCUUUGUGGUCUCAUUGCUAUUGCCAAUUUAAGAAACAAUACUUUUGAAUGCAAAGGAUGCAAGAAUAAAACUCAGAUAUCACAAGUGAGGUUGCCAUAUGCUGCCAAACUCCUCUUCCAAGAACUUAUGUCAAUGAACAUAGCACCACGUCUGAUGGUAGUUUAAAACAAAUGAUUUUAAAAUUCUUUGUAAAUAGUAUUCUAACGUAUUUUUUGUUUAAACAAAAUUAUGUGAUAUGAUAAGUUAAAUUACUGUUAAUAAUAAUUAUUAAAUGUUUAAUUGUUUUUUAAGUUGCAGUUUCAACUUGCAACUAGACAAAUGUAUCUGAAUAAAACCUAUUGUAUAGUUUUAUUGAUUUUAGUAUUUUAUUUAUAUUCGAAUUAUUUUAUUAUAAAAAAAGUAUGUAAAAUAAAAAAAUUAUUGAAGCAA